AUUAUUAGAAGUUUUACUAUGUUUACCUUUUGACAGUAUCAUUUAAAGAGAAAAUUCAAAUUAAAACAUUUUUAAUUAUUGAUUUAAAAUAAGUUUUGCAACCGCACAUCUUGAUUUGUUGCUAGAGAUAUGACCUUCUGGCAACGGAUCUGUUAAAUCAAUAUUAAUCCAUUGUCCUUUGUAAGUCUCAAGAGAACUGUAAACGUCUGUUAUAAUUAGACAAUUCAUAAACGCGUCUUAAUAUAAAAUUAAUAAUUUGUAUUUAAAAAUUUUUAAUACAAAAGGAAAUGUGUCUCUGCCUUGGACCAUUCAAAUCAGGCAAAACUCUUUUGAUGAAAAGUCUUCAAGGAGACGAAAUCGACGACGCGACUCAUACUGUGCCUACUAACGGAAUAAAUAUAUAUACUGUAAAAAAUGAUACUGGCGAAUUCGAUAUGGUAAUUAAAGAAAUUGGUGGUAAUAUGGCACCGAUAUGGAAACAUUAUUUUGAUAAGAUUCAUAAAAUCAUUUAUGUAGUGGAUACCAGUAAUCUUUGUCAAAUAAGUGCUGCAGGUGUACUACUUUAUUCUUUCCUCGUGGAACCGAGAUUACGGAAUGUGAAAAUAGCACUUAUUUUAAACAAGAUGGAUGUUUCGUAUCGUCAGAUGAGAAACGAAGCUUUACUCAUGUUACAAUACGCGCGUCUACAAAAGGAGGUGACACAGAAGAUCACUGUGCUGGAAACUAGCGGUAUGACGGGUCAAGGGAUAGAGAGUUUACGCAGCUGGCUAUUCGAUCCGGAAACGCUACAGGCUACGCUCAAGGCUAAUAAAUAGACUAA